CCUGACGGUGUUUAUUGCCCGCCAGAAUGGGACAAGACAGUUUGUUGGCCUCUCACUCACAUCAACCAAUCAGCGACCUUGCCCUGUCCACCGAUCUUUCCACAAAUCGAUCCAACCAAAACGUUUACCCGGAUGUGUGAAAGCGACGGAUCUUGGGAGGAAGGUCUCAACUAUCAGCAAUGCUUCAAAACAUUGGAUGAGAGAUCGUUUACACGAAAUGCAACAGAGGAACAAUUACAGUUUUAUAACAGUGUUAUAAAUGGAGCUAAGUUAAUGGAAUUAAUCGGCCUCUUCCUGUCAUGGACCGGACUUAUGGUGGCGCUGUUCAUAUUUUACUAUUUCAGAAACCUUCGAUGCCAUCGAACAAAGAUCCAUCAGCAUCUCUUCUUCGCCUUCAUCUUCCGUCUCACCAUCGAGAUCAUUCUCGGUGUCGAUCGUUUCAACAGCAAACUCGCCUCCAAACAGGGCUACGAGAGUCAACAUAGCAUACAUAAUGUGGCGCCACUUUGUAAAACUUUCGAAGUUCUCCGAGAAUACACGAGAAUAUGCACCUUCGCUUGGAUGUUCAUCGAGGGAAUCUACCUCAACACAUUGCUCUCUUCGGCUGUCUUCGGAACUCCGAAGUUUAUCCUCUUCUACGUCAUCGGUUGGGCUAUUCCAAUAUCGUUUGUGAUCGCUUGGGCAAUCGUGAUGGAUCUCACAGCCGCAAAGCUUUCUGGAUGUUGGCAUGGACACGUAGAUUCUAUUUGGUACUGGGUCUUCAUCGAGAUUCCUCGGAACCUGAUGCUUGUGGCCAACGUACUGUUCCUCUUUAACAUCAUCAGAGUACUGGUUACCAAGCUUCGGGAAAGUAACACCAGUGACACCCAGCAAGUCAGGAAAGCUCUUAAAGCAGCUAUCGUUCUUCUGCCACUGCUAGGCAUCGCAAACCUGGUGUGGCUAAUACCACGACCCAAACCCGAUGAUGAAAAGUCCUUCAUCCUCAUCUAUCACUAUCUCUUCCUCUUCCUCGAUGCCUAUCAAGGAUUCUUCGUCGCUGUGCUCUACUGUUUUGUCAAUGCAGAGGUGAGGGCGACAUUGAGACGGAAGUGGAACGCCUGGAGGAACACUCGAAGUCCGCAUCAUCAUAGGGGUCAUUCAAUCGUUACCACUGCAACGGAUAUCCGUAUGUCUUUGUUUGACAAUGGUCACGUGCCCGCGGAAACGUGACGUCACAAUGGGUCACAAUAAUUUGGUGGAACUCUGAAGCCAUCGGUCUCUUUCAGCUCGCGAAAUUUCCCGACAGACUCCAAGAAAAACCGAGCGGUUGCCGAGAGUGUGAUUUCUUGCUAUGGCCCAAGAACGAAACGGGAAAUCUCUAGCGGGAUUGAGACGAGAUUUAAAGCAACAUAUACAAGAAUUACUUAUGAUGUACAAACGUGAUAUUUUGCACUGGACAAAACGAUUGAUUGCAUCUGUUUCUCUCAAAUCAUCAGACUGAGAACAUUCACAGGUAAAACCAAAAGACUUCAUAGUGACGUUGGAGACGUUGGAAAUAUUGCUGCCGUGUAAAACUUGUCAACAUAUAUUUCAAAGCAUAGCAAAGCGUAGAUAUUUUUAUGUAGAUAUAAUUGUAUAGGAGAUGUGUGUAUAUGAGCUUGCCGUGAUUUUGAAAUUGCCAAAAAUGGUUAAAUUUGGAAGGUCGAAAAGAUGCAGGUAUGAGACUUUUUUCACUAAAUAUUUCGUGAAGAUUGCAGUUUAGAGUCGGACUAACAUAACAUCUACUGUUGCAAACCGAGGACAGCGUUUUAUUUCUUCUGACAGAUAUAAGCGAGAGAGGAGUUUUUCUGGAGUUUCGAAUGGACGUGGAAACACUCAUCAGCGAGUUGUAUUCAACCUGGGCGAUCCCUACUUCAAGGUUGACUGUGGCGUGGAACAAAGUGUCCCCGCCUUUGAAUGUGAUAAACAGAUAUAUGGCGCCAUACAAAUGCUGUGAAUCAUCGGCUUCAUCAUCUUCAUCAUCAUCAUCAUCAUCAUCAUCAUCAUAUAAUUAGUGUGGGGAAGAAUCUCAUGAUUAAAAAACAGUGAAAUCUUGAGGUGUAACUACAAAAUGUAAGGUAGGCCUCUGAAAUGAUGAUGAUACAGAAGUAAUGUAAUGGAUAGCAUGAUGAUAAGUGACGACGACGUGGGCGAUGAUGAUGAUGUUUAUAAUGUUGAUAGUCAUGGUGG